CCGGUGGGCAAAUUUCGGUUUGCCACUCCAUUGCGGACAACAGAGACAAAAGACAGUGGUGGUCGAGUUUGGCGGGAACAAGCAGCGAGCGAGGCAGGCAUGUCGUUGCUUACGCUACAGGAGAAGCUGGUGAAGCUGAAAUCGUCCAAGACCAAAAAGGCGGGCGAGGAUGUGUUUGACAUGCUGAAGAAUGCAGACCUCCUGCUCACCCUCGACGACAACACCCUGGACCACAUCACCCCAACAUGGCAGGACGUCGUUGAGCCGUACGUGACGUCUUGUGGCAACAUCGGCAGCCGCGUCACGGCCACCAUCUUCCAGUUUGAGCACCUAAACAAGAUCCUCGAGUGCGCAGAUGCCCGCUUCAAGCAGCACGGCACAACCAUGCUGCCGGAAAAGUUCAUGCACCAGGUCCUCAAGAAGAUGCUCCAAUGGCUCAAGGAGCCGGCCCGCGUCCACUACGUCGUCAACAUCCUCCUGCGCCGCAUUUUCAUCCACGACGCAUACGUCGCGUGCAUGUCCGCCGCCCUCAUAGACAAGUUCAUGCAAAUCUGCCUCCCAGCCGUCCGAGAGCCGGGCACUUGGGCUCACAAGGACACGUGCAAGCUCGUCGAGCUGUUCAAGUGGCUGCUGUGCGACAGCCCGGCCUUGAUUCAGCAGCGCAUCAUUCACUCCAAGAACCGCCACGACAUCCAGGACGCCCUCCACGACACGCUGGAGCGGCUCGGCCCUGCUGGCAGCGCCGCCAAAGGCCACUUUGGCACACUCAAGCAGUUGCUCAGAGGAUGUCGCGCCUACACGCUCCUCCUGGCGCACCAAGGCCAGCUUGCGCUUGCACACUGGGCCAAGGACUGCGCCCGCCGGCUGCUCGACCUCAUCCUCUCCUCGAACAUCACCGACGACGUGCGCACACAGGCCGUGCAAACCCUCCGCGUGUUCCUGGCCGCUCGCAGCUGCGCCGACUCUAAGCUGCUGAGCAGCUUCACCUCGCUUGUCACGAGUGAGCUGCCGCGGUUGCUUUUCGUGCGCCAGCGGUUGGCAUCUGGCACCAAGCUGUCGCCGGACAAUCAUGCCUUUGCAGCCUUCAUCGCAGACCUCCUUGCCAUUGUUCCGGCAUUCUCCAACAGCGAUGAGCGAAUCAGCGUCAUCCCACCGCCUCCCACGCGUGCGGGCAGCCGGGCAUCCGCUACACAGCUCCACACAACAGGGGCAGCAACCGCCAUGGCAGCUGCUGUUGGCGCGCGCAUGGGGCGACUGCGGCUGCCGUCGCUGCAGUCCCGCUCCUCUGCUCGCCGCCCUCACGACAGCAGCAGCAGCAGCAGGAGCAGGAGCAGCGGUGUUGGUGGUCGUGUUGGUGAUGGUGAUGGUGAUGGUGAUGGUGAUGAGGGUGACGCCGUUGUGAUUGACCUGGAGAAUCCCAACAACAACAGCAGCGCCAGGAGCAGCAACAACAACAGCGGACGUGCGAGUAGCAGCGCAGGAGCUGGGGACGCAGAGCCGCCACGACUGCGCGCCAAGAGGAAGGAAGGUGCCAUUGCCACCCUGUUGCGGUGGCUUGGCAAACAAGAGGAGGCCGCCAUCGUGCUCACCACAUACUUGGUGGAGCGACAUGCUGACAAGGCAGGCCUGCCGUUUAUCAAGCAGGCCAUCCGUGGCGCCUUGCCGCUGAUCCGCGAGGGCGCAGGGGAGAACAGUUACUGGGGGCUGCGCUGCGUCGCUGCGUUGCUGCACGCUGCCCAUCACGCCAUCAAGCGCACCACGCAAGCAAACGCCAGCAACUCUCCCACAAGCGCACAUGCACCGGGAGCACCAGCACCAGCACCAGCAGCAGCAAGAACAGCAGACAUUAAUGGACACGCACAUGCAAUGUACACGGCAGCUGGCUCCACUGGCACUGCAUUCAGCGCCACUGCUGCCAACGCGUCAUCAACAACGGCGCUAACAAGAGCGCCGACGUGCGAUGCGACGAGAGCGUGUGGCGUGCUGGGCUUUGAUGAAGAACUGGACGCGGCGUACUUGGAUGCGCUCUCUGCGCUGCGCGCGCUGCUGGUUGGCGCUGCAGUCCCAAGCAGUUCCCUGCAUGCACGCAACGCGUUGUGGCGCGCGCUUGUGGUCUACGGCUCCCCAGAUGUGCUGCGGGACGUGGACAUAUCUCCGCUCAUCCACCCCGACCCCGUCACAGAUGACGACGUCGAUUUUCUCCUUCCUCUCCUGCACACGCCAAGCGGACACCACCACGUAACGCAGUCUCCUCUGUUGGAAGCUGUCAUCUCCUGGCUGUGCAUGCCGCCAAUUUUCACUGUCUUCACCGUCUUUACCAGCACCUGCGCAUCGUCAUGGGCCGUUGCCAAGUGCUUGGCACUGCUGUGCAGCACAAAGGCAGCGCCACCAUCGUUGCUGGUGCCGUCUUCUAACGAGUCUCCAGCGCAUGUGCGAGCAGCGCCCACGGUCGGUGGUGCCGAGAGCGACGGCGCAAACGCAUCCAGCAUGAUUGACCGCGAGCUGUCUGAGCUUGAGGACGCCUAUCUCUUCAACCGAUUCACAGCCCCAAACCACGUCAGCGAUGUUGCCUGCAUGUUUGCGAGUUGAAGAGGAUGAUUGUGGAUGCGCAACCUUGAGCGAGG